CGCUGCAUGUCCCUUUCCUGUACCUCUACUACCUCUACUUAAAGCAGGUAGCCGUAGCAUGCUCCGGCCGUCUCACCGGACACACUGCACGGCGUACGUGUGGUUGCCACCACCAUGCACACGGUGGCUAUCCAGCGGCGGCGCCAUGGCGCCGUCACGCUGCUGCUGGUCGCCGCCGCCGUAGUGCUCCUCUCGGCGGCGGCCCAGACAGCGGCGGCGCACCGCCCGCGCGGCUGCGGGGUGACGAGCAAGUACGUGCGGAAGCACCAGGCGUCGGAGGACAUGCCGCUGGACGCGGACGUGUUCGCGGUGCCGCCGGGCCGGAACGCGCCGCAGCAGGUGCACAUCGGGCUGGCGGACCAGACGGGCACCUCCAUGUUCGUGUCCUGGGUCACCGUGGAGGCCGAGGGCAACAGCACCGUCCUGUACGGCCUCGCCGCCGACAAGCUCGACCUCGCCGCCGAGGGCACCAUCACGCGCUACACCUACUACAACUACACGUCCGGGUACAUCCACCACGCGACGCUGACGAACCUGCAGCACGGCACCAGGUACCACUACGCCGUCGGUGUGGGGGUGGGCGACACGGUGCGCGCGUUCUGGUUCACGACGCCGCCGGCGCCCGGUCCCGACGUGCCGCUGCGUCUGGGGCUCAUCGGCGACCUUGGCCAGACGGCCGACUCCAACAGCACGCUGGCGCACUACGAGUCCCACCAGGGCGACGCCGUGCUGUUCGUCGGCGACCUGUCGUACGCCGACAAGCACCCGCUGCACGACAACAACCGGUGGGACACGUGGGGCCGCUUCGCCGAGCGCAGCGUCGCGUACCAGCCGUGGGUGUGGACGACGGGCAACCACGAGGUGGACUUCGCGCCGGAGCUCGGCGAGCUCGCGCCGUUCAAGCCGUUCACGCACCGGUACCCGACGCCGUGGAAGGCGAGCCAGUCGUCGGAGCCGUACUGGUACUCGGUGAAGCUAGGGCCGGCGCACAUCAUCGUGCUGUCGUCCUACUCGGCGUUCGGCAAGUACACGCCGCAGUACAAGUGGGUGGAGGCGGAGCUGAAGCGCGUCGACAGGGAGGUGACGCCAUGGCUCUUCAUCAGCACGCACGUGCCGUGGUACAACAGCAACAACUUCCACUACAUGGAGGGCGAGCCGAUGAGGGCGCAGUUGGAGAAGAUGGCCGUCGACGCACGCGUCGACGCCGUCUUCGCCGGCCACGUCCACGCCUACGAGCGCACCCACAGGUACUCCAACAUCAAGUACAACGUCACCGACGGCAAGUGCACGCCCAUCGCCGACCGCCGCGCGCCCGUCUACGUCGUCAUCGGCGACGGCGGCAACGUGGAGGGGCUCGCCGACGAGCUCACCUGGCCGCAGCCGGCAUACUCGGCGUUCCGGGAGUACAGCUUCGGACACGCCGUGCUGGACAUCAAGAACCGCACGCACGCCUACUACGCAUGGUACCGCAACCACGACGGCAACAAGGUCACCGCCGACACCAUGUGGUUCACCAAUCGCUACCACAUGCCCAACCACGACGACUCCAUGACCAUGAUCACCGCCAAGGCCGCCUGCUAAUUAAUUAAGCCGUCUACUCUAUCCGACAAUACAUCAUACUAUAGACCCAGAGCUCCAUAUGCUUCCCUCCCAAAUAAAAACAGAAAUUGCAUGUGCUUGAUGCUAAUUAAUAAGGCCACUUAUAUUGCUGCCAUGGAUAUCAUAUCAUGUGCCUAUCAACGAGACAUAUAUAUAUGGGACAAAUAUCUCUAUCUUAUAUCUAUUAUAAUGUUUUAUUAAUAAAUUCAGAUUUACUCAAA